CUUUCGUCUUCAUGCACCGUGCAAUAGAUGUGUGAUAGUGUUGAUCUCUGACAUCCCGCCGAUCAUCUACCGCCCUCUACAGAAGAAACCAGAUUAAAGCAACUCAAACAAUAAAAACCCCCACUGGGGAAAUUGUUUUUAAUCCCAGUUUUCCUACAAAUUGCUGGGAGAGGUUUCCCGCCCGUUAUAGAAUUUGAAUGCAUUAUAGCAACUUGGGUUUUGAGCUGACGAAAAGCUACUAAUUCAUGAAAUUAAUGUCAAAUUAAAAUACAUUUCAAAUAAAACGAUUUAAAAAAAUCAUGUCAAGUGACCGUUCAACAACAUCACACAAACGUGAACCAUGAACGAUGUGUUGAUAAAUCAUUAUUAAUUAAUAAAUCAUUAUUAAUUAUUUUAUUAAUGUAAAAUCUUCCGAAUCCUUGCAUUAUAAAAGCGUCAAAUAUGGUCAGUAUGCUAUAUAAAUUAUUAUUAUUAUUACAUUUUGUUGUAUUUUUACUUUAAGAUGUACAUUUAUUCUAAUAUAUACAUUUCUAAUAUUACAAUUGUCAUUAAAAAUUAAUAGAUUUCAGCUUAUAUGUAUUUCAAUACGACCUACACUAAAUGACCAUGUUUGUUAUUAUUAACACAUAAACCUUUAUCAUAUCUCACAGAAAAUAAAAAAACAUGCUUGCGUCAAGAAAUUAAGGAAUUUAUGCAUGAGCCUAGACAUAAUCAAUAGCUAAGUACAAACAGUAAUUGUAAAAACCUUCUUGUCCCGGACAGAAUAUCAAACAGUCUGCGAGCAGAAAGUCAAGGACAAUGUCUAAGGUCAGGUGUCAGAAGAUGAGUUUUCACUGCUAUCAAUCCUUCACUUAUUACGUGACAUAUUACAUCCUACUAUCAUCUAAGCCCAGCUCUUUUAAACUCUUUGAUCCAAUUCUAGGGUUACCGUUAUGCAUAAAAAACCUAUUAAUAAUCAAAAUUGAUGAAAAACAAAAAGUCAAUGCAUUUGUUUUGUAAAAUAUAACAUUGCAUUGCAACACUGAUAUUGCAUUUUUUUGUAACAUUUGAAUUUUUAAUUUAGUGCAAUAUUUUGUCGUUGCAACAUUUGAUUGUCACUAUAGCAACUGCUAUUGGAUUUACAUUGUAUUAUAUUAUAUUAUAUUGUAGUUCACUGUUAUCACUCAAAACUAAAUACGUGAAAAUAAAUAUAUAUUAAUAACAAACACCCUACAGAUACAAGGAUACCAGAAAUCUUAAGAUACUUUACUAGCCUUUUGUUUUGGAGCUUGGACGCAGUCAUCAUCUUCUCAAUGUGCAAACACGAAUUAAACGUCUCUGGUCAUGUGACAAUUUCCCCUAAUGAUGUGAACAUUUCAUUGAGACACUUUAUUUCGUCCAUAUUUGCCGAAAGUGCGCUAAAACAUCGGUUUUAAGAGCUUUAUGAAAGAAAACCUUUUUUUUAUGCUCACUAUUUUGACCGGUGAGAUUAACAUUCAUCUCUACUAAUGAAAUCAAAUUGCACUUUUAGCAUUUUUCCUUUUUUUUUUUUUGACUUUGUUUGAGGGACACGCUUUGAGGAAUCAUGCUAUUGACUAAGAGAACAAGCUGUUGUCAGUAAAUGGCACGGUCACCAAAGCAGAUCUUCUAAAAAGAAAUCAUAAAGAAGGAAAAGACGACGUAAUGCAUUCCCAGUGACCGCUACGAGAUGACGAAAAUCCCAUUUCCUCGCGCUACGAUCGCUAGCUGCUCCUCCACAGCCACAGCAGACGCCCCAUUAAAAAGCAACUAAUUCUCACCCAGACUUUUUAAAAAACUAUCAAUCUGUUGACAACCAAUCAAAGGCCGUCCUGCUGCGAACAGACCAAUGAGGAGGCCAGGCACGUUGAGCGCUCAACCAAUCAAGGCGGGCCAUUCUAAUUCUGUCCAUCAUUAUGAAGCAAGUGCCACGGCGGACUAAGGUGCAUCUUAUUUAUGACCUGCAGCCAGAGAGCCAGUGGUGGGACAUUUGUCUGUGAAAGUGAGAGCGGUGCUUGGUGUUCGCUUUGGAGAUCCAUUAUGGACUAGUUAAAGAGUUGAGAAGAGGAAGUAUAAACGCAGACUCCUACCUCGUCUCCAAGGCGUUUCGGGGGUGAUGUGAGGAUCUGGAAACGCUGGACUAGACCCUUCGGAGUACUUGAUGUCAGGACCUUGGUGAGAAAUCUCGACUCGCCGCCAUCGCCGUUUUGGGAAGCAGAAGUGCACACGGGGCGUCCAUGGAGUCCAACAUUUCGGGGUCCUUUCUCUUCAACAACAGCUUGAACCAGUUCCCCUCAGACAUCAAGGCCCCGGUGUGCCAGUACUCUAUUCCCAACUCCUUCUACAAGCUCGGCCCCGCCAACAUCAACUCUCAGCUCCAGGCCGGGACGCCGCAUGGCAUCAGUGACAUCCUGAGUCGAUCCAUGAUGGGCGGCCCGGGGACCCCCGCGCUGCUGUCCGGGUACCCCUCCAUGGGGGGCUUCGGGACAGCCGUGCCCAGCCCAGGGGUGUAUUAUAACCGGGAUUACGCCCCGGCGGGACUGAGCAGCUUCCCUAAACCCGGAGUUGAGUGUUCGGGUCUGAAGGGUAAGAGCAGCAGCUGCUGGGUGGACGGAGGGUACGAGUGGAGAGGAGCCAGACAGCAGUGUCCCAACAAUGACGGGCAUCACGCGGAGACCGUGGGGAAAAAGAAGCACACGAGACCCACGUUCAGCGGGCACCAGAUCUUCGCCCUGGAGAAAACCUUCGAGCAAACCAAGUACCUGGCAGGACCAGAGAGAGCCAGGCUAGCAUACUCGCUAGGCAUGACCGAAUCACAAGUUAAAGUCUGGUUCCAGAACCGCCGGACAAAAUGGCGGAAGAAGAGCGCGACGGAGCCCAGCUCGACGCAGGCCUCGCGGGGGGAGAGCGGAGGGGACGGCUCGGAAAACGAGGUGGAGGACGAGGAGUACAACAAACCGCUGGACCCCGACACGGACGACGAGAAGAUACGACAGCUGCUCCGCAAACACCGCAGAGCCUUCUCCGUGCUGCGCCUGGGACCGCAUCACAUCUGAGGACGCCACAGAUCACACGAAAACACAGCGAUAUAUAAUCACCUCGGUAACACUUUCUAGGAAGUUUGACCUUUGACAAGGAAAAAACAAGACAUUAUAUUAUGGUAUUUAAUAAUAUUCUAGCAUGUGAUGACACUUAUUUCAUAGCCUGUGUUCUCUAAAUAUUAUAUAAAUAUAAUGAAAAUGACAGUUAUUAACAAUUGACUCGUUGGAUUACAAGGUAUUAAAUCAAUUGCAUUAGGCCUAUAUAUAAAGGCUUUGUAGAAAGUGUUACCAGUCUUCGAUUUUAAUAUUGUACAAAUUUAAUCUGAGGUGAAAUGCAUCACAAACGCUCAUAAAAUUGCAGGCGUAAUAAGCAGAUCCAGUAAAAGCAAGCAAAUACAUGCAUUUGUGAUAUGCAUUCUUACUGUUUUUAUGUGGUUUCGUCACUUGUAGAUUCUUCCUUCUUUUCUUAAAAGGUUUCUGAUGAUUAUGAAGUGUGCGUUCAUGUCCGUUCAUAGCCAGGCAUAUCUCGUUUAGAAAAUCAAGCCGGUUCAUGUUCAUUUUUCAUGUGUUGUUUCACGAGCAUUUCGUGUAUUAGGGUUACACUGUUAUUCAGCUCUUUUUAAAUCAAGAAUCAGAUCGGUUUAGCAAAAAAAAAAAAAA